GUUCUCUUUUCUUUUCCCCUCCGGUGUCCGGCCCUUGAACCGCCCCAUACUCAUAUCCCCACGAACUCAGGUUACUCACCAAGUAAUGUGGAGUCGGGUGUCCAGCAGUAUUGUUCAGGAGUUGGUAAAAAGUGUACCAAUGCCUUAAUCGUUAAUAAUACAGAAGCUUAUCGGACUCCUGCUUGUUGGCUGUAGUCUCCGUUUACCCGCGAUUUGAAAAGCCUCCGUCUUCAACGAAGGAUCAAACGAAGGAGAGAAACGAUGAAGACGACUAAAGGAGGAAAAGUCAUGAAUCCCACCGACGCCUACCGUAAGGAGAUUCGCAAGAAGGAAUUGAAACGGAACAAGAAAGAAAGAAAGAAAGUGAGGGAGGUGGGAAUUCUAAAGAAGGAUCCUGAGACAAUUAAAGAGCAGAUUGAUAAGCUCGAAAUGAUGAAGGCUGAUGGUGCUCUGGACAAAGCAAGAAAACACAAGAAGAGGCAACUUGAGGAUACACUUAACCUUGUUUUAAAGAAGAGGAAGGAAUACGAAGAUAAAAUGAAGGAGAAGGGUGAGACACCAGUUAUGUUCAGCCAUUUGGGACCUCCUCGAAGAAGAACAACAGCUGAAGAAGAGAAGCGAGUCAAUCACCCUAAGCCUGAAGACUCUGUUUAUUAUCACCCAAUGCUAAAUCCUACUGGGGCGCCACCACCUGGAAAACCUCCCAUGUUUAAGUCAUCAAUAGGACCUCGAAUUCCUUUAUCAGAUGCUACUGCUUCAUCGAGUGCUGGUGCGUCUUCCUCGGAAGUAGAACCAGAGGAUGCUAAUUUAGCAGCACUUCCACCACCCCCUCCACCACCUCCUCUGCCGGAAAGUGGUGGCUCUGUACUGCCAGCCUCUUUGCCUCUACCUCCUCCACCUCCAAUCCCGCCAAAACCUGCUGUAUCCCCAUUACCUUUACCUCCCCUGCCACCUCAGCCUCCUGGCCCAUCAUAUGAAGACCAAGUUGCAAGUCACUCUCCACUUCCCCCGCCGCCUCCCAUCCAGCAAUCUGCACAGCCAUUUCCACCUGGUACCAGUAUGAGCGAAAAAGGGAGAAAUUUGCCUGCAUUGUCAGAGGAUUCAGCUCAGUUACCUACUGUGCUCGCUCCAUCACCACCUCCUCCUGGGAUGCCGGCUAAAUCAGCUGCAAAUCCGUCUGCAGGUGCUUCAUCAGAAACUGAUGCGAAUAAUAAUCCAGCAAAUAGGGAUCUCAAAAUGGCUCCCCCACCACCUCCUCCUCCGAGACAGCCAUCAGUCGUUGGGUCCUCCUUGAUACCAACAGUGCAGCCAGAUGUGCUGCCCCCAGGAAUAUCACAUUUUCCUCCACCACCACCUCCUCAAGAAGUGCGACCAUUGUUCCAGGGUGCUGCUUCAGGAUUAAUGGUCCCAGUUAUUCCAAGGCCUCCCUAUGGACCCCCUCCUGGACCUCCUCCCAUGAUGAGACCCCCUCUUCCACCGGGUCCUCCUCCUGCCUUCCUAGAAGAUGCAAGCAGACUGGCUGUUCCUCAGAAGCCAUCAUAUGUUAAAUCUGCUGCAUCAACUGUUGUUAAGAGGCCUCUAGCUCAACAUACUCCAGAGCUUACAUCUAUGGUUCCUGCAUCAGUUCGUGUGAGGAGAGAGACUGCUGCCCCAAAAGCAAAAGCAAAGCCAACGCUCUCGUCUGCAGCUGCGACCACUCAGCCUGCUCCUCCUACUAUUGUAAAGCCACAAUUUGUUAACUCAUCAUCUGCGCCAAAGGCACAGAGCAUCGACGACUCCUAUACAGCGUUUUUGGAAGAAAUGAAAGAUCUUGGUGCACUUGAAAGUUGAAUCCAGUAUAGCUGGUGAGAGGUGCACAGAAGAAUCCAGAUUCACAAAUGUCUAAUACCUUUCAGUCGAGCUGAGGAUUGUCUCCUAAAUCAUGUUGUUUUCUGUUCCUCUCAAUGGGUAAUAGACUAAUCCCUAUCGUAGGUUGCUCCAGUCUUGGACAGUAAUUCAGGAAAUUUUGUCUCCAUAAACAAUACACUUACAAAACUCGACCUAUACCCAUGAUUUCCCCUAUUUUGCACGAUCAGAUGAACAAGGCCUCUUUUGGGCCCCCAGUGAUGAUGAUGAUGAUGUCUUUUUAUCUUUCAAAUUGUAGCCCAGUACUAAUUUCUCACCAGAAUCAAGUUUACUGUGGCUUGGCAACUACUGAUGUAUCUCAAAAUUCUCCGAAGUUAUGAUAGGGAUCCUAGUAAUUGGUUGCUGA